AUGAGUGUGGGUUUUAGAUUUGAUCCUAAGGACGAGGAUUUGAUAAACAUUUUGAAUAGCAAGGUAGACGGCACAGAACACCGUCGCCUAAAACAUUGUGUUGUCAAUGAUUGUCAGGUAUACGGAAAAAUUCCUCCAUGGGAAAUAUAUGAUUCUCAUUCGUACUAUCAUUUACACACCUUCCAACGCAAGCUUUACGUGUUCACCAACCUCAAAAAAACCGGCAAUCGUGUGUGCAAGGCUGCCUCUUGUGGAACCUGGCCUGAAAAAAGCAAGCCCAAAAGAAUCCAUGAUUCUAAGGGCGAUCUUAUUGGGAUCGACAGGAUGCUCUCUUUUAAGGCCAAGGAUGUUGGUUCGGGAAAAUUCAACAAGACUAAUUGGAUAAUGCAUGAGUUCUCCCUUGCUGGCAAAACAGCAGUUCAAGGAUCUGCAAGACUCAACAAAGUCCUCUGCGUCAUUUAUAAACAAAAUAAAGGGUCGGUUUGUGAGGAGGACUACGGAACAACUGCUAUGAUGUCACUUGAUGAACAUGGAAAAAUAUGGCUUGAAAUGCCAAGCUGUUCAGUUUGUGAGAAGGCCAAAGGAAGAGGGUUCAAAAGAUGUUUUUAUUCUGCUGCUGCUGCUGCUGAAGAGGCAUCAAGCUUCAAUACAACUGCUGUGAUAUCACAUGAACAAGUAGAUGCCCACGCCCAAGAACACAGAAAAAGGCUGCGCCUUGAGCCUGAGAUGCCAAGUUUGGAUGCUGGUGCUGAUGAUGACGAGUUUUCUGGAUGGACUGCUGAUCUCCCAUCCCCAGAUGAAACAUUGAGUCAAAUAUUUUCUGAUCUACCACCCAUGGUUGAAGUAUGUCAUCAAUCAAAAUCUGACCUUGCUCUUGAUGCUGACAUUGAUAAAGAGCUUGAUGCAUGGAUGGCUAAUCUCCCACCCCUAGAUGAAGCAAUGAGUCAAAUAUUUUCUGAUCUACCACCCAUGGUUGUAGUAUGUCAUCAAUCAAAUUCUGACCAUGUUCUUGACGCUGACAUUGAUGAAGAUUUUGAUGCAUGGAUUGCUAAUCUCAAAGCCCCAGAUGAAGCAUUGACUCAAAUAUUUUCUGAUCUACUGCCCCCGGUUGAAGUAUGCAGUCAAUCCAAAUCUGACCAUGUUGUUAAUGCUAAUACUGAUGAAUUACUUGCUGCAUGGUUUGCUGAUCCCACAUCCCGGAUGAAGCAUUGA